AGGUGCAGCGAGUGUGAUAAGGCUGAGCAGCAGGGUGACAAGUGUUCCCGAAAGCAUCAGCAUUGAGCUUCAGCUUCAUCGAGAGGAAGAAGAUUUGAUUAGUAGAGUGGAGUAAGUAACAAGAAUUGUUUGCUUACCGCUGUUAACUUAACUGCACACAACUCCAACCAUUUCUCUCUUUCUCUCUCUAGAAACUGAAAUCGAAGUGAUGUAAGAGAGAGAAAGAGAGGGGAAGAAUUACGAAGACGAAGACGACGAAGAAGAAGAAAGCUUCUCUCGUUUCUCAGUUCUCACUUCAGAAUGCUGCGAUUUAUUCUGCUAUGGAUGCUCAUUCUUUGCUUUGCAGUUACUGCGCGUGCAGCUCAACGAGGGCCAUAUGUUAUGCGCAUCAACUGUGGGGCUCGACAAAAUGUUCAAACAAAACCAACCACUACCCUUUGGUAUAAAGACUUUGGAUAUACGGGUGGCAUACCAGCCAAUGCAACUACAACAAGUUACAUUACCCCUCCCCUCAAAACACUUCGCUAUUUCCCUUUGUCUGAAGGUCCUUCAAAUUGUUACAACUUUAAUAGAGUACCAAAGGGGCACUACUCAGUGAGGAUAUUUUUUGGACUAGUUGCACAACCAAGAGCUACCAAUGAACCACUAUUUGAUAUCUCUAUUCAAGGAACCCAAAUAUAUUCCUUGAAGUCAGGUUGGACUCAACAGGAUGAUCAAGCUUUUACGGAAGCCCAAGUGUUUUUUAUGGAUCGGUCAGCCUUAAUCUGUUUCCAUAGCACAGGUCAUGGAGAUCCAGCUAUCAUUUCAAUUGAGAUUCUUCAAAUUGAUGACAAAGCUUAUGAUUUUGGACCACAGUGGAGUCAAGGCAUAAUCCUUAGAACAGUUAAAAGACUGAGUUGUGGUUUUGGGCAGUCAAAGUUUGGCAUAGAUUAUGGUGCAGAUCCCUGGGGAGGGGACAGAUUUUGGCAACACAUUAAAACGUUUGGUCAGGAUUCUGAUCAACCUAGAUCUGUUGAAACUAGAAUCAAACAGGCUUCACAUUCACCAAACUUUUAUCCAGAAACUCUCUAUCGAUCGGCGCUUGUUAGUACCAGUAGCCAGCCUGAUUUAACAUAUGCAUUGGAUGUGGAUCCCAACAAAAACUAUUCCGUUUGGUUACAUUUUGCAGAGAUUGAUAAGUCCAUCAAUGCUAUAGGUCAAAGGGUCUUUGAUAUUAUAAUAAAUGAUGUUGUUACCUUUGAAAAUGUUGAUAUUGUGAAAAUGAGUGGUGCCCAAUAUACUGCCCUGGUGCUUAACACAACUGUUUCUGUUAAUGGGAGGACUCUGACAAUAACUUUUAGCCCAAAACAUGGAAGUGUUGCCAUAAUCAAUGCCAUUGAGAUAUUUGAGGUUAUAGCAGCUGAGUCAAGAACACUAUCAGAUGAAGUUAAGGCUUUACAAACAUUGAAGAAGGCUUUGGGGCUUCCUCCCAGGUUUGGGUGGAAUGGUGAUCCUUGUGUUCCUCAACAACAUCCAUGGAUUGGAGCAGACUGCCAGCUAAACAAAAGUAGCAGCAAAUGGCUCAUUGAUGGACUUGAUCUUGACAAUCAAGGUCUAAAGGGCUUCUUGCCAGAUGACAUAUCCAGACUACACAAUCUACAAACCCUAAACUUGAGUGGAAACAGCAUUCGUGGAGCUAUUCCAUCUGCACUUGGAAAAGUAACUAGCUUGCAAGUGCUUGACCUGUCCUAUAACUUUUUCAAUGGAUCAAUUCCAGAAAGCCUUGGACAGCUGACAUUGUUACAAAGGCUGAACCUUAAUGGCAACUUCUUGUCUGGAAAGGUCCCAGCAACUCUAGGUGGAAGACUUCUGCACAGAGCUAGUUUCAAUUUUACUGAUAAUGCAGGUCUAUGUGGUAUACCUGGCUUACGUACAUGCGGACCUCACCUUUCUGCGGGUGCUAAAGUUGGUAUUGUGUUUGGUGCUUCUUUUGGAUUUCUAGUUCUCAUUACCUGUUCUGUUUGUUGGUGGAAAAGGCGGCAGAAUAUCCUCCGAGCUCAGCAAAUUGCAGCAAGGGCAGCUCCAUAUGCAAAAGCAAGGACCCAGUUCUCUCGUGAUAUCCAGAUGACAAGGCAUAAUAGUUACGGCAAUGCUCACACUGCUGCCGAAAAUGGGCCUAUCUUGCUCUCAUGAUAAGACCUCAUUAUUCUGAAGAGACACUCCUAUUUAUGUGGAGAUGAAUGGCAGGGAGGUCUUAUGAACUCUGAUGAUUAUCCAAGAGUUGCUUGAGCCAACAAUUCAUUCAUACAAGCUGAGAACUAAUUUGUAAAUGAGAUUUUUUUUUUAAGUGUACAUUACCGUGUUUACCUCCCCUUUUGAUCAGAAAAUUUAUAUAGAUUUUCUUUCCCCUAUCCCUUAAUAGAGGAUUUGUAACACGUAGUUCAAUUGAAAUAGAGAGCAUACUGUUCUAACAGAAGUACAUAUAAGUUAGGUUCAGUUCACGUAAUAUACCAAAUUUUUAGCAUUCAUGUCUUGCUUUUGUGUUAAUGUGCGGAUCUAUAUAUAAAGUACAGAACAUAUUAAACAAGAUUCCAGAUAUUUGAAAGGCAGCAUAUAUCAUGAUAGAUGGGGUCCUAGACUUGACCAAGUCAAUUUCCAAUUAUUAGGUUCGGUGUACAUUGAAAACACAAGCCAACAUGAAGUAAGUUAACCAAAGUGGUGGGGUUGGGAUAGAAUUAUAGUUUGUUGCUUCAAAUUUUUUUAGUAAGUUUGAGAGUAAUGUAAUUUUUACUGUAUGAAUAGAUUUUGAUUAUAUAUAUUUGUAUUUUGAUUGAAUAA